AUGCCUAGCACACGUAAGGCAAAGAACGUCUCGCCGACCCAGUCCCCCCCGCGGCGUCCGGCUGCCGAGGAGUCACCCCGCUCGCGGGGGUCCGACUUCUCGGAGGAUGGGGACGCGGUGGUCGCGCGUUUCUGUGAUCGUAUAGAUCAGUUGCCGGCUGCCGAGGAGAACCAGCCCCCGUCUGCCGGUGGAGAGGAAGAAGAGGUGCUCUCCUCGGUAUCGGAGAACACGGCCGUGGCGGUGGUGCUUCCUGGAGAUCUCGGGGCCCGGACGCAGGGGCGGGUGCGGGAGAUCGAGGAGGAGGUCCUCGCGUACUGCAGCCUGCCGGCGAACCGGGUCUCUGUGGAGGCACGGAAAUUUUUUAUUACCAAAGUGUUCGAGAUGGUCGCCUUAUGCUCCGACUUGAGGGCGGAGGCGGCCACGGAGCGCGGCGCGGCCCUCGCGUUGCAGGGCCAACUCAUCGAGGCGCGGGGGGAGGCGGCCGAGAUGCGGAGACGCCUAGCGGUCGCGGAGGCCAGGCUGGACGGACCCGCGGUCGCGACGACUGGUCCCGGGCUCGCCGGUCGUGGUCUUGCCGCACCUGUGGCCGGGAUCACCGCGCCCUCGGGCGCUGGCGGCGUGGGCGGCUCGGCGGGCGCGCCCGCCGCCCGCAUGGACUACGCGGCCGCGCUGAAGGCGGGCAUUGCGCCCGCUGCCGGCGCGGCCUACGGCGGACCCGGUGGUGCUGCGGCGGCGAGCGCCGACGCAGGGAGGCCCGGCGCGCCGCACAAGCACGUCGCCUUCCUGACGCCGGUGGGAGCGUCCGCGACGCCGGCGAGGGACGUCCUCAGGCUCUUGAAGACUAAUGUGGACCCGCACGUCAAGGACAUCAGAGACGUGAAAAGGAUGGGUCGAGGAGCCAUUUCCGGCAGCUUGCCGCGUGCCGCGAACCAAUGA